AUGGCCAUGGAGACUUCUUCAAGCUUUACGGCUCGGAGACAAGCCACCCAGGCUUUGCCGCCUUUCCAUCUGCCGUCAUCCCAAGAUAUACCCAGUAUGAGUAGACACCUUCAUCAAUACCCUUUCAAUUAUCACAACCAGCCUCUUCAAUCACCGUCUACGUGGCAAGCUCCGGCAAUGAUCACGCCGUCGGCUCCGCCAUCCUCCUCUUCCGCCGCCUCAAAUACCCAACACUCUCCCAAUACCGCCAGCUCUGGUCUAACAUCGCCUUCAGGGGUACCAGGUGAAGGGUUAAGCCCGCUAUCUUCCGGUGUCAACACCGCGAGCUCGCAAAGUUCCUACUACCCGGCGAGCGUUCAAGGGUCAUGGCCGACUCCCUCCAAUUCGUACCAGCUCAGCUCUGGGAACCCGCAAUCCCUCAGCCAACCGCCACAGUACGCACCUCGGGGAAGCACCUAUGAGCAUCAGUCUCCAAUGUCCUAUUCUCGCACUUCGCAGUCUCCAGCGACGGGGGGCGAAGGUCUUCCUGCGCCGCCCUACGGACAGCAUCAGUCCUUCCAGUCGGGCUACUCUGCAGGAGGAACGGGCUCUGCUCCAGUUAGUUUGCCUUCCCAGGGCCCCCCAACGCCUCAGGCUGGGAUCCUCGGAUCCCAAGCCUCAGUCUCGACGCAGCCACCCACGCCCGGCGGCGUCCCUUCACACGUUGACACGUAUACGCAGUCCCGACCACCAGCGACCCCCGGCUACUACUCGACGUCUUCCGCUCCUCAGCAAUCGCCAUUCCCCAGCUUUCAGCACACGUCGCCCACAGCCCAUUCCCCGACGACUUCAGGCGGUCCCGGAAGGGGUCUUGCUUCUCUUCAACACCCUUCCGCCAUGGCCCCCCCUGGUUCCUACCGUUACUCGACAUAUCACGUACCGUCGAUGGGAGGGCCGAUCAUGUCGAACCUCACAUCACCCGGCCAUUCAAUGUCAAUUGUUUCUGGCAUGGGCGUCCCCGGCGGCUACGGAGCUCAUCACCUUGGGGCCUCAAUGUACGGCCAUGGCGGACAGCCGAAUCCUCAAGCAGAGCGACCUUUCAAGUGCGAUCAGUGCCCUCAAUCUUUCAACCGAAAUCACGACUUGAAGAGACACAAGCGCAUCCAUCUUGCUGUCAAGCCGUUUCCCUGUAACUUCUGCGACAAAAGCUUUUCCCGCAAGGACGCCCUGAAGCGACACCGGCUUGUCAAGGGCUGCGGUAACAAGGACGGGGAAAGUCAAAACGACAACGGCCGCCGCUCUCCGCAGGAACACUCUGACGACGGAACACCACCCCUCAGGCGAGAAUGA